AUGUGUUUAUCCGAUCUUCCGGAAAUGAAAGCCGUGUCUGAUGCUGAUUUCACAAGCUAUCCAUGGGAUUCUGAUGAUCAUAUAAUUGGGCACACAAUGCACAUCUGGUGGACGGGAAUGUUGUUGGCCAUGGUCGGCUUGGCGGCCGGGGCCCCGGGCAUGAUGAAGCGGCCGGCGCUGUUGUCGCGUUACGGACGGUCACUCGGCUUCCCAGAUAAGGAACUUUGGGGCCUGGCUUACAAGGAGCCCAUGAUCGCCCCCCAGCAGACCCGCAUAUCCCGCCGAGCCGUGCUAUCUCGCUAUGGCAAGCGUUCCGCUCCUCCGAUGCCUGAACCGGAAGUGGCGCUUCAAGAAAAAGAAGAACUAUUGCUCUGCCGGUACAAAGGGGGACUCAUCUGUGCCCCAUACACAUCAAAUGAGAAGCCAACCUAU